AUGGGUCUUGUAUCGGAACUGAAACUCCGCCGAAAUGACCAUUUUGCCACUUCCCCACAACUAACAUUUUCUAUCCCAAAUGCAAAGCCAAUUCCUUUACUCGAAACAGAAAAUGGACUACAAAAAUAUUACAAAAUAGAUUAUAACGGAAUUAAUCCAACAAAUUUAAAUCAAAAAUCAUUUUCCCCCUCAAAAACCCUUUUAUUUCCAAUUCCCGUUGCUGCAUUAAUUGUACAGCCAAACAGUUUAUCUGGUUGUAAUUGUUUAAAAGGAAAUUCUGUUAAACCCCAAAUAAUUGAGGAAGAUGUUCCAGAAGAGAAUUGUGAAAGUAGAUGUGAAAAAUGUACGGGAGGAAUAAAUGAAGAAAGUGGGGGAGAUGAUGGGAAUAAUAAUUGUUGUGAUGAAUGCCAAAAUAUUUUGUUGGAAAAAUCAAAAAAAGAAGAGGGAAACAAAGGAGAACAACAACAACAACAACAAUUAAUUUUUCAUCAAGAACCUGAAAAUAAUAAAAUUCCGUUAGAGGCAAGUUUAAUUAUUAAUUUGGAUAUACCAGGUUUUGUAAGGAUGAUUCACCUAAAGCAUUUAAAACGCUUAGGCUUGGGUUAA